AUGGGGAUCUCUGGCUUGCUCCCACUCCUGAAAUCCAUCCAAAAGCCUUGCAAUCUGAAGAAAUUCGCCGGCCAGACCAUUGGAGUUGAUGCAUAUGGCUGGCUACACCGAGGGACGGUGGCCUGCGCCAUUGAUCUCGCCCUGGGCAAGCCGACAACCAAGCAUAUCGACUUUUCCAUGCACCGAGUACGAAUGCUGAUCCACUUCGGUGUGAUUCCGUACAUAGUUUUCGAUGGUGACUACCUGCCCAGUAAAGCAGCCACAGAAAUUGAAAGGGCAAAGAAGCGUGAAGCGAGUAAGAGAAAGGGACUCGAGUUAUACCGGCUCAACAAACCCUCCCAAGCGCACCUUGAGCUCCAAAAGGCAGUCGAUGUUACCCCGCAGAUGGCAAUACAGUUGAUAGAAGAGCUCAAGAAAGCUGGCGUUCAAUAUGUUGUUGCGCCUUACGAAGCAGAUGCUCAGCUGGCUUACCUCGAGCGGCAAGGAAUCAUACAGGGUAUGCUGUCUGAGGAUUCGGAUCUACUGGUAUUUGGCGCCAAACGGCUUUUGACAAAACUUGACCAGUAUGGUGACUGUAUCGAGAUCAAUCGGGCCGACUUUACGGCUUGUCGAGAAAUUAGCCUGGUUGGGUGGUCAGACGCUGAGUUCAGACGCAUGGCCAUUCUCAGUGGAUGUGAUUAUCUGGCUCGCAUAAACAGAAUGGGCUUGAAGUCUGCUUACCGGCUUGUGCGAAAGCACAAGACGAUAGAGAAGAUUCUCCGAAUGUUGUCAUUCGACGGACAAUAUCAUGUACCCCCAGGGUACCUCGAAGCUUUCUACAAGGCCGAGCUGACAUUCCUCCACCAACGUGUCUUUUGCCCAUUGAAAAGAGACGUUGUGAUGAUGAACGAUCUUCAGGCCGACGCACAGCCUGGAGACUUCUCGUUCAUUGGUGGCGAGGUAGAGCAAGAAAUUGCCAUUGGAGUCGCGAAGGGGGACCUUGACCCGAUGACCAAACAACCCAUUCGUGUCAAGGAAACAGUCAAGACCACCCCCAAAAACCAAUGGGGUAAUCCACGUAGGAGUACGGUCGACAAAGGUCCAGAUACGAAAGCCGUCAAAUCGAUAGAUUCAUUUUUCAAGCCAAAAAGAACGCCACUGGCAGAAUUGGACCCCAACAGCUUUACGCCCUCGCCAACACAGGAAAGACUUCUGCGGCAAGCCAAUGGAUUGACGUGGGAGUCGAUUUCAGCACCGGCCGGGGUGCCAUCUCUCAGGCCGAGUGCUUCAGUGCCUUCUGGACCUCGAUCUGCUUUGGCAAACAGAGUUACAGAGACUGUGACCAACGUAGGAGCUUCUCUUACUGGGCUCACUCCCUCAAAGCGACGAAGGCUUUGCAUUGACCCGAGUGAUAGCCUGGAUCCGGUGAAUGUAGUGGCAUCAGAGUCCGGACGAAGCCGAUUCUUCGCACCCAAUAUCACGGAUCCUAGCCCAUCAAUAAAGAAAAGCAAGAAGAAUCGAAAAGGAAAGAGCGCAGAUAUAACCAUUUGGUCAGACGACUCCAUCGAGGAUGUAAUGGCCGAUUUGCCAGAUGUGUCCGAAUGUCCACAGCCAUCGAGACAAGGAAGGAUGGAAAUAUUCAAAAAUGAUAGUCAGGAGAAGGCAGAGGACCCUCGCCGCCCGGGAACGCGGGAUGAAGAGAUAUCGAGAGAGGAUUCGCAACGUUCAACGUCCUCCAGAGGAACAGUAGAGUCAGGGAUGUUUUCCAGUACAUCCGCGACAAGCUUCAAAAGCUCCGCGCCAUCUGUUGCUGCAACUUUGGACAAACAUGUCAGCGCCGAAUUGAAGGCCUUGACUCAGGAGUAUACCUAUCGGCCGGAGACAGGACGGAUGGCAUUACAAAGAAGUCAGAUGGAGAACACAAAGGAACAUCCGGCGGCGGUCAGUGCAAGCCAAGCGAUAUCGAAGCCUCCAAUGUUUAGGCAGCGGAAUACGACACCUCUGGAACGGCUUGGCUUGGGUGCCAUGAAUCGAUCAAGAUCCUGCAGCAGCCUCUUCAACAGUACUGUAAAUUGCCCAGGAAGGGUUGAGGAAAGCGCGUCGAUCCAAGAUAGCGCAGUUGUGACAAAACCUAUUAUCGGGUUGCCGUUAGCUUACAGCAUCGGACCUGACGCUUCCAUCACGAAAGGCAGUGAGGACGCCAUCAUCCCGGAUUCAGAAGACGAAGGUGGGACCGCAUCCGAGGUAGAAGAGCGGGCGAAGUCAAGACUGGACCUCGGACGUUUUGCUUUCACAGGAUAA